AACUCCCAGAGAUCUAAAGGCUAGAGACACAGAUACACAGGUAUAAAAGAACCACAGACUAAACCCAGGCUCAUACAGAGACCAAGACAUAAUGAAGCUGCUACUGCUGGCCUUGGCUUUGGGGUGUGCAGCGGCUGUUCCAGUGGAGGAGAAUGGAGCGUUGUUGCAGGAAGUUUGCCAACCCCACUCCAGACCCUGGCAGGUCUACCUGUGGAACACUAAGGGGGGCUGGUAUGGGGAGGAAAGGUGUAGUGGUGCCCUCAUCAACGAGUGGUGGGUGCUUACCGCCUGGAACUGCUUUGUCGAACCUGGCCACACUAUGGUUUCUCUGGGGGAGCAUGACCUGACAGUGGAGGAAGGGACAGAGCAACACAUCCGGGUGGCCAGAUAUGUGCAGCACGGGCCGUACGCACGAGGCCCCUCACACAGCCUGGCAAUGGUGAAGCUGGCAGAGCCUGCCCGGUUCACUCAGCAUAUCAUGCCCGUAGCCCUACCCACACGCUGCACUCAGCUCCACGAGAAGUGUCUGGUGAGCGGCUGGGGCUCCACCGUACCGGGACAGGACGAGCCCAAUCUAAUCCUGAAGUGUGAAACACAGCGGGUCAUUGAUGACAAGAUGUGCCAGAUAGCCUUUCCCCUUUAUUGGAUUGAACAUGCAUUCUGUGCUAAAACCAUCAUCUCAACAGACAACUGCCUGUCUGACCAGGGCAGUACUGUGGUCUGUGGGGGUGAGCUACAGGGGUUGUUCUGGUCCAGUUCUUCUGACGUUGGUUUGUACACCCGCCUGUGCCUGUACCUUGACUGGAUCAGUGACAUCAUGAACACCCCUGAUCCUACACCUGAACCUGCGUGGACCACCCCAGCAGCAGCUACAACAUGGUGAUUGAAAAGAAAAACAAUAAAGUGAUAUGUACUGAAA